CCAACCGCCGCAUACCAACUAGUGGAAAUUUUCUGAUUGGUUGCCGAAGCCCCACGCUGAUUGGCCAGAUGCUGCUAGGGACGUCAAACAUGCGCGUGGUUAGAAUUUCAACUUGAUUCUUCCUGUGAACACAGGCGACGACGGUCAGUCAACAAAACUUUGUAAUUCGAACGAAACUCACGGACAGUACGGAGCAUGUGUCGCGUCGUGCAAGUUUUUACUUUCCAUUCGUGUUUUUUAAUAAAAGUUUUUUAAGUGUGUUUUUCGUCUAAAUAAAAGAAAGCCUAAGCAAGUUUCUAAGAAAUUCAACGGUGUUGCCAGGUGUUACCAGGUGAAUGUGACCGUUUUGUGUUGCGUUACCUGGGACUUUCCUGAAGGGACAACCUUACGGAAGAAAGUAAUAAAACUCUUCAUUUUUUUUAUAUACAGUGCGUUUAUCCAAAAAUAAAUCAAUUUUACAUGAUAUAAAACCAAAUAUUCUGACAUUUUAAUUUUGAUAUUUCGAAAAUGUACACGUGUUUACUUUUCUAAUAAUCAUCGUAUUGUGCAAGGUGUUCUAAGAAAGAUCCGUGACUCUUUAUCGCUAUAACGACAAUUUUCCUCUAAACUUGUUUGCUGACAUAAUAAUUUUACUCGAUGACAAAUAUUGACAUUUGUUUAUAUCUUCACGAAUUCUGAUACAUUUAACACGUGCACGAAUAUAAUUUCAGAAAAAUGAAUAUUACAACGGUAUGCCGUAAGAAAGCGUCGAACGACACGUAACACGACGAAGUUGCAGACGCGAUGGAUUAAUUUCGAUAGGAAAGAAGAAAUAAUAGCCGAAUGUUUGAAAACGUUACGGAUGCUUCAGGAUCGUCGGUUUUCCGAAAGGAGGAGGGACUAGGAAUGCAAGUAAAAGGAAUGUUGUCUCACAGGUGUACGUCGUAGUGCUCUUUCGUUGACCGUCCGUUGAAAGAAAACGUAAUCGAGGCUGAACUUAACAAAAAUGAGGAGAUCGUACAGGAAUUGUUGGUAUUCGUUCGCGUAACUCAACCGUGAGAUUGUAUGACGUUCUCGUAGUGAAGUGCGAAGGAAGUGCAAGUGGCAAGAGAGCGGUACAGCAAGAAUUUACCAGGUAAAACAUGGAGAUGCUGUGGAGAAAUGCAGUGGCGGACCUGUCGACCUUCCUCAGCACGAGGACGCGGAUUUUAUUUGCCGCUGUCUAUUUCAUCUGGAUCGCUGGAAGCGCCUGCGCCACAGAGACCCUCCAGGAACCGCGCUUCACCACUCAGCCUUCCAGUAGCGGCAAUAUUCUUAGCGAAAAUCGAACGAAAUUUCUGCAGUGUCAAGCGAGAGGUUAUCCUCAGCCAAAGUACAAGUGGUUCAAGGAUGGAGUACCACUCAGCAACGAGCUUACUUCGGAGCCUUAUUUCCGAAUACAGAGUACACGCAGAGAAGACGCAGGGGUUUAUCAUUGCGUAGCCACGAACGACGUAGGAUCUAUAUUUAGCGAAAGAAUUACGUUUGCAGUAGCCUAUAUGGGAGUGUUCGAGGACCUCACAGAAAGGAUAGUGAGCGUAAAGUCUGGUAGCGCGGCUGUUUUAACGCUCCCACCGAUAGAGAGUCAUCCUGCACCUGACGUUACAUGGUUCACCUCCGAUGGUUCCUUGUUAUACGGCAUAAAAUACGCCUCCGUUCAUCACACGUUGCUUAUCUUGAACGCAUCUGAAAGCGAUCAGGGCCUGUACAGAGCCAGAGCUAUCAACACGCAAUUAGGGAAGGAGGAGAACAGUCCGUUCUUCAAACUGCAAGUAACAGGGGAUGCGAAUGCUGAAGUUGCGCCUACCAUCAUAGUGAAACCUCAGGAUACUCAGAUCAUCAAGGAUCAGGAUGUUACUUACAUAUAUUGUAUAGCAAAUGCUAGGUCGCUUCACGAGUUACGAACUUUAUGGACGAAAGACGGGAUUCCCAUCGAGAAUUCCAGGAUAUCGUAUAGCUUUAACGACUCGUGGAACAGAACUUUAGCGUUGAUAUCGGCAAAUAUAACUUAUACCGGUGUAUAUUCUUGCCAUGUGGAUCUGAGAAGCGGUGGUUACCCUACGGUGAAUGCAAGCGCCAAAGUUGUCGUCUAUGAGAAACCAGCGUUUAUAACUGAAUUGAAAAGAGAGACCUUAAGUGAUUAUGGAUCAACUGUAACACUGCCAUGCGAUGCUGUUGGCGUUCCUCCUCCUAACAUUAGUUGGUUCCGUAAUGCUGAGCCCGUGGACCAUCUUCUUGGAUCUAGGUAUGCUAUGGAAGAAGAUGGUUCUCUAACAAUUAAAAAAUUAACUAUGGAUGAUUCAGGAAUGUUUCAAUGUCUUGCUGCCAAUGAAGCUGGCGAAGCAUCCAGUUACACUUGGUUAAAAGCUAAAACAUCUGGACCAAUUAUGGAAAAUGGUCCACAGAAUCUUACCAUAUUAGAUGGAAAAGAUGCGACAUUAACGUGCAAUGCUGUAGCUGCUCCAAUACCUAAUACGACGUGGAUUUAUAAUGAUACAAUUCCUGUGGAAAUCGCUGGAAGAGUACAGGUCUUGGAUAAUGGUGAUCUUUUGAUAGCUGCUGUUAAACCAAACGAUGCAGGAAAAUACACUUGUAUUCGAGCUAACGAAGCUGGCUCUGUAAAUGGUUCAGCAUAUCUGACUGUUUUAGUUCGAACACAAAUUGUUCAACCACCUGUUGAUACUUCUGUUCUUCUCGGCUAUACUGCUGAGUUACAGUGUAAAGUUUCCAACGAUCCAAGCGUUUUAUAUGAUAUCGCUUGGUUUCACAAUUCACAAGUAAUAAAUACGCAAGCCAGUCAAAGAGUAAAAAUGCGUAGCGAUGGUACAUUGGAAAUAGUUGCUGUUCGAGCUUCUGAUGUAGGCGAAUAUAUGUGCUCUGUGGUUUCUCCGGGAGGGAACGAGACUCGAUCAGCUCGACUCAGCGUAAUUGAAUUACCAUUUGCACCCAUAAAUGUAAUGGCAGACAGAGUGGAGCGAAUCUCUCCUCGUACUAUAAACGUUAGUUGGGUGCCAGGUUUUGAUGGAAAUAGCCCGACGAAGAAAUUUAUAGUACAGAGGCGAGAGGUAUCCGAUCUUGGACCAAUCCCUGAUUCUGCAUUAAAUUGGAUCACUGAAUGCGAUAAUGUUUCUGCACAAAGUCGAUGGGUAUUGUUGAACAAUUUAAAAGCAGCUGCUGCGUAUCAAUUUCGAGUGAGUGCAGAAAAUAGUGUUGGUGAAGGACCUCCUUCCGAUCCAAGCAAUGUAGUAGUUCUUCCUCAAGAACCCCCUAGUGGACCACCGGUAGGAUUCGUUGGUUCCGCUCGAUCAUCUUCUGAAAUAAUAACGCAAUGGCAACUACCAUUGGAGGAAUACCGAAAUGGCCAUAUUUUAGGAUACGUGUUGAGGUACAGAUUGUAUGGCUACAAUGACAGCCCUUGGACAAUACAGAAUAUAACCAACGAAGCGCAAAGAAAUUAUCUAAUCACCGAUUUAAUCACGUGGAAAGACUACAUUGUACAAAUAGCAGCGUACAACGAUAAAGGUGUUGGCGUAUUCACUGAAGGUUUGAAGAUUAAGACUAAAGAAGGAGUACCGGAAGCUCCGCCGACUAACGUAAAGGCGAAUGCCGUUAAUUCAACGGCGAUAAAUGUUUGGUGGAAACCUCCGAAUCCACAGAAAAUUAAUGGAAUAAAUCAAGGUUACAAGUUGCAAGCUUGGAUCGCCGAUAAUUUUACAGAAGCAAACGAAUACAAGUCUAUGAGCGUACCGCCUAGCCUGUUUGAUCCUCUUGCAGAACAAAGUGCCAUUAUGACUGGUUUAAAAAAAUAUACCUUGUACAAUAUAACCGUGUUAUGUUUCACCGAUCCGGGUGACGGUGAGAAAAGUUCACCCGUUCAAAUUCGUACACUGGAAGACGUACCUGAACAAGUAGAGAAUUUACAAUUCGAGGACAUAAGUGAUCGUGCGCUUACCGUUAAAUGGAGUCCUCCGCAAGAAAUCAACGGCAUUCUCACUCUUUAUCAAUUAAAAUACAUGAUCAAAGAUGUACCAGAUUCUUUAAAAAUUGAAAACAUCACAGCAGACGUUUUAUCAGCAAAAAUUGAACACUUACAAGCAAUGACACAUUACAAGUUUGAAGUUAUUGCUUGGACUUCGGUUGGUCCUGGGAAACCAAGAGUAGCCGUCAUUCAAUCCGGUGUCGAGCCUGUUCUUCCUGAACCACCGACUAAAUUAGCGCUGUCCAAUAUAGAUGCAUUCUCUGUCGUUCUUCAAUUCACGCCUGGUUUCGAUGGUAAUUCGUCUAUAACGAAAUGGACGGUGCAAGCACAAACUACUCGGAAUACUACUUGGUAUAACAUAUACGAGGUCUCGGAUCCUGAUGCUAGUACAAUCACUGUGGGUGGCCUAAUUCCUUUUAUGCAAUAUAAACUACGGUUAAUAGCUAAUAACGUUGUCGGUGCUUCUCAACCUUCUGAACCAACGAAAGAGUUUCAAACGAUUCAAGCACCGCCGUCACAUCCUCCUAGAAAUGUUACCGUACGUGCAAUGAGUGCUACGGAAUUACGUGUCAGAUGGAUUCCUUUACAACAGGUUGAAUGGUAUGGUAAUCCAAGAGGAUACAAUGUUACUUACACCGAAGUUCGAACAAAUAAGUCUAAAAGUAUAACUAUAGAGGACCAUACAGCGAAUUCCUAUAUUUUAGAAAAUAUGGAAGAGUAUGCUCUUUAUGAAAUUGUAAUGCAAGCGUUCAACGAUGUUGGAACGUCUACGCUAAGUCCUAAAGCUAUUGAAAGAACUCGUGAAUCAGUUCCCUCAAUGGGACCAGUUAAUGUUGAAGCCAACGCGACUUCUUCUACGACGAUAUUAGUGAGAUGGGGUGACGUUCCAAUAGAACAUCAAAAUGGUCAGAUAGAAGGAUUUAAGGUUUACUAUGGCGCAAAUGCUAGAUCUGCAUUCCAAUACAAAAACAUUCCUAGCAAUACUACUUUUACAACCACUUUAACAGAGCUUCGAAAAUUUGUUCAGUAUCAUGUACAAGUUCUAGCUUAUACAAGACUCGGUGAUGGAACUUUAAGUACACCGCCAGUUAGAGUACAAACAUUCGAAGAUGCUCCAGGGCCUCCGUCAAAUGUAUCGUUUCCUGAUGUAAGCUUCACUACUGCUCGCAUUAUUUGGGACACGCCAGAAGAUCCCAAUGGAGAGAUUCUUGCUUACAAAGUUUUGUUUCAUUUAAAUAGCAGUCAGGAUCAUCAAUUUUCUAAGGAAUUUCCUGCAUCAGAUAGAACUUUUAGAGCGACUGGAUUAGAGCAAGAAAAGUAUUACAUGUUUUCAGUAACUGCACAAACGAGAUUAGGUUGGGGUAAAACGGCAUACGCUCUCGUUUUUACUACGAAUAAUAGGGAACGUCCUCAAGCACCAUCGAUGCCACAAGUAAGCAGAUCACAAGUACAAAGUAGACAAAUAACAUUUAGUUGGACACCUGGUCGUGAUGGAUUUGCCCCACUACGUUAUUAUACGGUACAACAGUCAGAAAAUUCAGGACCGUUUCAAACUGUUCCUGAAAGAGUAGAACCAACCUUAACAUCUUACACGGCAAAUAACUUGAAACCUUUUACGUUAUAUCAAUUUCGAAUACAAGCAACUAACGACAUUGGUCCUUCAUCUUGGAGCACAGAAUCUGUUCAAGUUCAAACUUUACCAGCAGCGCCUUCUAAGGGUGUUACUGGAUUAAAAGUUGUUCCAAUAACAACCUCAAGUAUAGAGGUUCAUUGGAAUUCAAUAGAUGAAGUAUAUUGGAGUGGAGAUCAUGAAACGGGUGGUUAUCGAGUCAUUUACCAACCAGUUUCUGAUUUUCCAACAGCUCUUCAAGAUACACCGAAAGAAGAAAUAUUGGGAAUAAAGGCUACAAAAAUCGUUUUAAGUGAUUUAACAGAGGAUAGAUACUACGAGAUAGUAGUAUUACCUUUCAAUUCCGAAGGAGAAGGUCCGUCAAGCCCUCCAGUAACUGUAUAUGUGGGAGAAGCGGUUCCCACGGGAGAACCACAACAUUUAAAAGCAGAAUCAAUUUCUUCUACAGAAGUUCAAUUACGAUGGAAACCACCUCAAGCUAAUAUGCAGAAUGGAGAUUUAUUAGGAUAUAAAAUUUUCUAUUUAGUUACUGAUUCUCCUCAAGACUUAGAAAACAAACAAGAAGAAGAAAUAGAGGUUGUCCCAGCAUCUUACUUAACGCAUAGUUUAGUAUUUUUGGAUAAAUAUACAGAAUAUCGGAUUCAAGUAUUAGCAUUUAAUCCGGCUGGUGACGGCCCACGAACUCCACCAAUUACCGUUCGAACUAAAGAAGAUAUACCUGGACCUCCAUAUAAUUUACAGUUCACUGAAAUUACAAUGACUAGCCUUAGAGUUUCUUGGGAAGCACCAAAAUUACGAAAUGGACAAAUAGUUGGUUAUAUUGUUACAUAUGAAACAGCAGAACAGAACGAUCGUUUUAGUAAGCAAGUAAAACAGAAAGUAACGGAAACAAGCUUGUUAAUUCAACCUUUGGAAGAAGAAGAAACUUAUACCUUUAUGGUUCGAGCACAAACCAUUGAUUUUGGUCCACCUAUAUCUGGAAACGUCACAACAGGUCCACAAGAAGGCUCACCUAUGGCACCUAGCAAUCUUGCUGUUACUAAAACAGUAUCUAGUGUUGAAUUACAAUGGACUAAUGGAGCUUCUGGGAAAGGACCUAUUCUUGGAUACUAUAUUGAAACACGCCGGAAAGAUGACAGUCGUUGGCAGACAAUAGUGCGCAGUAGUAAUGGGCCAUUGACAGAGUAUUCUGUAUCUUAUCAAAAUUUACUUCCAUCCACAUCAUACUUAUUUAGAGUGAUAUCAUAUAAUCGUUAUGGAAUCAGUUAUCCGGCUUAUUCCACUGAAACGAUAUUAACUCCGUCGAAACUGUAUCUGGAAUAUGCAUACUUGCAACACAAACCAUUUUACAGACAAACUUGGUUCAUGGUUACUUUAGCUGCUACUUCAGUUAUAAUCAUUAUAAUGGUCAUAGCUGUGCUAUGUGUAAAAAGUAAAAGUUAUAAAUAUAAACAAGAAGCACAAAAGACACUUGAAGAGUCUAUGGCAAUGGAUACAGAUGAUAGACAAGAAUCAGAUUUAGAACUUUAUAGAUCAAGACAAGGAGGAGGUGGUGCUAUCAACAUGGCAAGUGCUUGUGGUACUUUAGGUAAAAGGAACACUUUAGCAAGAAAAUCCAUGCAUCCUCCUCCGCCUACAAUGUUAGGCAAAUCGCCUCCUAGACCCUCACCAGCCUCGGUUGCAUAUCAUAGCGAUGAAGAGAGUCUUAAAGGGUAUGAUGAAAAUCCUGAUGAUAGUAGUGUUACAGAAAAACCUUCUGAAAUUAGUUCAACAGAUUCACAGGGAUCUGAAAGUGAAAAUGAAAGUGUACAGUCAGAUCCACAUUCCUUUGUAAAUCAUUAUGCUAACGUUAAUGAUUCCUUAAGACAGUCGUGGAAACGUCAAAAACCAGUUAGAAAUUAUUCUUCAUACACUGAUUCUGAACCUGAAGGUAGUGCGGUUGUUAGUUUAAACGGAGGUCAAAUUAUUAUGAACAAUAUGGCAAGGUCGAGGGCGCCUUUACCUGGCUUCUCGUCGUUCGUAUAAGCUGUUCAUAAUACGAUGACAAGGGUUUGUUCAGUAAGUAAGGUGCCGAUUUAAUAUAGUAACAUUCAUAAUCGUUAUUGGUUUUGAAAAUUUAGGAAAGAAUAUUUUAAACUACUAAACAUAUACACGAAGAGACUGGUUGUUAAAAUUUUGAUCAAUUUCAUAGAGUAGUUAGGAUUUUAAUAGUUCGGCAUUAAAAGUACACCGAGAUGUACCAGAGUUAAAGACUUACGUUGAAACACGUGUUUACAAGUGUUUCACGCACGCAGAUACUUCGUAUAGUAAUUUUAAUAUGCUUCUGGCACCGUCAUAUUGUGAUAUAUUGAGAUACAUAUUAUUUAUAAUUUUAGAUAAGGUGUAUAAUGAAUAUUUUUUACUUUUAUUAAGUAAAGCUGAAACAAAAUAUUGCAUGGAUCUCUAAAAAUGCAAUGCUUAUGCAUUUUUUUUUUAACUGUAAGAACAAUAUACUAUUCAAAGUAAUCUGUUAAUGCAACAGAUUAAAAAUUCAGUAGCAUAAUAUUGUUGAUAACAAACAAUAAUACAAUAACGAAAACUGCCAGAAAAAACUACAUAAUUAUUAACAUUAGAAACAAAAUAAUAUUUUAAUACAAUACUAAUAUGAUAAAACCAAUGAAAUCAUAUUCUCUACUUAGAACUUAUGAAUACAUAUUCCAUGAACUGAACUCAUUGUAAUGUCAUUACAACUUGAACAAAAAAUGUUUCUGAUUCAUUCUUGAAUAUACAUACUUCGAAAUAGAAGUAUAAAGUGUAAAAUGUCAACUUAGAUUUGUAAGCACUUUACAAUCAGGCCUAUCAUAUCAAUUUUUGACAAGUUUCAUAAACUGAAGAUGCCUAAGUUUGGUAAUAUUAGAAUGGUAAAUAAAUAGCAAACGUAAUAAUUAUGUUUACCUAUAAUGCAACUGCGUGCAUUUCUAUCUAUAAGUAAUUUGUUUUUAAUAUUAUACUGUAUGAUGUACAUAAAACUUCUAUAAAUUACGAGAUAGUAGUAACAUAUUCUAGUAUGACACUUGUACAUUUAGUGCACAGCUUAGGCAACGUUAGGUAAAAAUUUAAACUGAAUAAUCUAUAAUAAAUAGCGACAUGUAUUUAUCUUCUUUAACUAUAGUUACUUAUCAUUUAAAUAGAUGCUGGUCUAGAAUCAUGAGGCAAACAAUUUGACUUUAAUACAUUGACAUUUGCAUAUAAGGAAUUUAUGAAACUUGUUUAAUUUUUAAUAUCAUUACUUCAUCUGUAGUAUAUGUUAUAUUCACAGUAUUGCAAACUACUAUCAUAUAGAGGUUUAUUCAAUUUAGGAAAGUAAUCUUUUUUACCGUAAAACAUUUAUUUAAUGCAAUUAUUCUUUCAUACAAAAAGCGUUUUAAUGUGAAAAACAUUUUAGACUAAUAUUGAUACAUACUACUUGAAAUGUUUUUCAGUUUUUAGCAUUACUUUUAUAACAAAGAAAUCAAAUGAAAAAUUUUGACAAAUGUAAAAGUAAUUCCUAAAAAUAUUCUUUGACAAUAUAUGCUGAAAUUUAUAAAUUUAUUAUUAAAAAUGUGAAAGAAAAUAAAAUGAAAUGAAAACAACUGAAGAUUCAAAGUAAUGGCAGCUAUACUUCUAUCAUAUUUGAUAGAACAAUUUUUUAUUGUAAUUUGUUGAUGAAAUAAGAUUGAUAAAUUAUACUUGAAAUUUUUAUUAUUGAUUGCAGGUAUAGUCAUGUCAAUUACUAUUGAAAAGUCCCGAUUACGUAUUAUCAUCAUCAUGAACUAGAUAGCAAGUUAUUUGAUACAUAUUCGCUUCGAAAAACUUUUGCUAACUUUUUUUCGUCUUAUCAAAUAACUUGCUUUCUAAUUAGUAUUAAUUUCAUCAUUCGUUAAUAUCUGUCAUCAAUCAUUACCAUGUGUCAUAAAUGUUUCUUUAUCUCCUCAAACAUGUAGAAUUGAUUCACUUUUGCAACACUGCCAAUAAAUAUUUUAGUUCAAGAUUAAACUUAAAUUACUUCUGUCUAGGAUCUAAUGUAAUAAUGACGCAUUUAAUCAAAGUACAUUUUAAACUAAAUCAUAUUUACAUAAGUACUUUAAGUAAAAAUCUUAAAUUUAGGCAAUUUUAUUGGCAAUAUUUUAUGAUUUUAAUGAAUUAUGUUUACUAGGGUUUAAAGUACUUUAAAAAAAAUUGAAACUGUGUUCAUACAGAUAAUAAAUGCAUUUUAAUAUGAAAUUUUUAUUUACACAAACAAUUUUUCACAUGUAUCAAACCACCUAUUUAAUUUAGAUGGAUACUUCUUUGGAAAAACUUGUUUAAUUGUACACCAUGCAGCAAUAUCUGCUAUAUCAGGUGUUUUAUUAUCAAUCCAAUUUGCAGCUAACUUAUCAGCUAUUAAUGAUAAUAUUUCUUGCUUUUCUUUUAAUGUUGCUUUAAAGUGUAAACAAUAACACAAGUCUAAUAUUGAAUCAAUUGUAUUUACUUUUUCUAAACAAACAGAACUUUCAUAAUUAUGCGAAUUUAAUAGCCUACUUAGAUAUCUUAGAAAAUUAACUUCUCCAGUUAUGUGAUAACCACGUAGGCCAAGUGUAAGUUCAAGGUCUUCAACUGAAAAGAAACCAACUAUGAAAAUCCAUUUCUUACUAUUCAGUGAUUCAUAAAAAUAUGGAUUUACUUUACCAUCUUUCCAAAUUAAUGAUAGAUUUAUAACAUUCUCUCUGGAAGAACUUGUAGUUAACUGAUGAGUUAUGGGCCCUGUUUUAUUAAUACUUGAAUGAGUGUAAGUUUGUACUCUAAUAU